ACCCGCGGGCUCGUAUUUACGUCCAGAGUUGGGCUUGUUCGAGCGGCGCUUCCGACCAGGAAUCGUUUCCUGGUCGGAAUGUGAACUUUUGUUUUGGUUUUGUUUCGUAAAGUCGGAAAGUCGGCGGCAAACGACGCGUUGCCGUGAAGCUCUUCGAGGGGAAGUUCGCCCCUUCAGCCGCCGCCGCUAUCGUUACUAAACUAGCGGAGGAAAAAAACCACAAAAACACAAAAACCGACGCGCCAGGAAGCCGCAGGUGAUUCCUCGCUACACUCUGUGUUCAUACCAGGUUUGCAUUCUGACCCUGCGAGCCAAUGUAAGUCGUGUUGAGUGACUGCGUGUGAAAGAGGGACCAUCACUAUCCUCAUGUCCUAUGGAGGAGGCUUUUACGGACGCACUGAGCGUGUCCGCCAGGCGCCGCACUAUGACCAGGUCCCACGAAGCACCUUAUCCCGACAAGACUCCUACGAUCCGCAGCCGCUGAGAGAGCAGAGAGCGCCUCGCCUCGCUCAGAGCGCCGACCCCCUCCCGCCUCCGCCUCUGCCGGACCAGCCUCCUGUGGGCCCCGAGUUCGAUCCCAGCGGCAGCGAGGACAACGCCGAGCCAGAGCACGACCCCGCCAUCGACAUCAAGCCGGUCCACCGCUUCAUCCCUGACUCCUGGAAGAACUUCUUCAGAGGAAGCAACCGUAGCAGUAACAAGCCAUGGUCCAUGCAUUCGUCCUCAUAUAACAACAACAGCACCACUGAGGGCGUGCGCUGCUCCCCUCCGCACUCCCCCUCGGUUCCCGGAUCGUACCGGGAUCCCUAUGGGGGCUCGGGUGGCAGCUACAACUCGAGAAAGGAGCUUCUGGAACUACAGGAUGCCCACGAGUCCUCGUCUGGGCGCACCCACCGCACAGGUCUGACCUACAGCGAGCGAGUGGAGGAGUACCAUCAGCGCUACGCCUACAUGAAGUCCUGGGCAGGACUGCUGAGGAUUCUGGGCUGCGUGGAGCUCCUGCUGGGAGCAGCUGUGUUUGCCUGCGUCUGUGCGUACAUCCACAAAGACAACAAGUGGUUCAACAUGUUUGGAUACUCGUCUCCCGGAGGAGCUUAUGGAGGAGGUUUCUAUGGUACCGGCACUGGCGGGACCUACUACACAGGCCCCAAGACCCCGUUUGUGCUGGUGGUGGUAGGGCUGGCCUGGUUGGUGACUGUGAUUUUGCUGGUGCUGGGGAUGACCAUGUACUACCGCACCAUCCUGCUGGACUCCUCCUGGUGGCCUCUGACUGAGUUUACCAUCAACCUGGCUCUGUCAGUGCUCUACAUGUCGGCAGGCAUUGUCUAUGUCCAUGACACCACUCGUGGAGGGCUCUGCUCCUACCCGGUCUUCAACAAUGGCAUCAAUGGGGCGUUCUGCAGAACAGAGGCAGGCCAGACUGCUGCCAUCAUCUUUCUGUUUGUCACUAUGGUUGUUUAUCUGAUUGGAGCCAUCGUCUGUCUCAAGCUGUGGAGACACGAAGCUGCACGCAGAUACCGGGAGAGGUACGGCCAGGAGAUGCAGCCCUCUGAGAUGCGAGAUAUGCAUUCAUUGGUUGCUCCUGCUCCAGCUCCGGCUCCCGCUCCCAGAGCUCCAGAACAGGUCCAAGGCUCCUCGGUCGUUCCCAUCCAGGCUGCUCCAAAAGCAGUUCCAGCAAAGGUUUUGCAGGGAACUAUACCAUCAGGACACAUUCCGAAACCCGUGAUUGUGCCUGACUAUAUCGCUAAGUACCCAUCGAUCCGGUCGGAUGAGGAGCGGGACCAGUACCGAGCUGUGUUUAACGACCAGUAUGCAGAGUACAAAGAGCUCCACUCGGAGGUGCAGGCCGCCCUCAAGAAGUUCGACGAGAUGGACGCCAUGAUGCGCAGUCUGCCCCAGAACCCCACCAGCCAGAUGGAGGUCGAUCGCAUUAACAGAAUCCUUCAGGAUUACCAGAGGAAGAAAAAUGAUGCGACGUUCCAGGAGAAGAAGGAACGCUGCGAGUACCUGAAGAGCAAACUGUCCCACAUCAAACACAAGAUCCAAGAAUACGACAAAGUCAUGGAGUGGAACGACGGAUACAGCUAAACCCCUGAGGCGUCGCUACCCCGGAACACCACUGGACACAGAUACCGAACCUGCGCUGACGGCGACGCACGUUUUAACGGGAGGAGUGAAACCCAGUCAAGACUACGGCGGCGCCAGGGGGAUUAUCGGCCUGCUGUGUCUUUUCAAUUUGUGUAGCGGUUUGUCUGCGGGCAAACUUUUAUCUGCAGUUUUGUGUGUCUGAGCUUAUUAAAACCCAUAAACAGAGUCAAAUGGGUAAAAUGUUAAUGAGAAAAUCAACAUCACUCAUCUCUGCAGGAUAAACGUAAAGCUACGUCCAGUAGCCAGUUAGCUUAGCUUACCACAAAGACUACAAAGCCGCUUACAUGCACCUCUGAAGCUCACAGUUAACCGGGUAUUUCUUGCUCUAGUGUAAAAAGGACAAUUAGCUGUUUUACGGGACGUUAUGCGCAGGAUUAUUUUCACCAAAGUAGAAAACAGUCCGGCACAUAAUCAGCAAACAGGAUACAAUGUGGUAGUGAGCUUCCCGUCUUUAUGCUAAGCUAAGCUAACAGUCUCCUGGCUGUAGCUUUAUAUUAACAGACCAAUAUGAGCCAGAAAGUGAAUAAGCAUAUGUCCCAAAAUGUCAAACUGUAUCUUUGAACUCUUCAAACUGGUCUGGUCUGAGAACUAUAUAUGUGUGUGUGUGUGAGAGAGUGUGUGAGAUACUGUGACUAUAAUUGUAACAGAGGCUAACCACUACAUUUCACAAAUUACUGGUGUCUGAUUUGAAUGUUUGCUUGUGCCCAGUGGGAGAUGUUGCCAGUUUGGAGGAGCAGGAAGAAGGACAGGGAGGAAAUAUGCUGCAUGAUCUCUGUCCAGGUUUACCUCCUCCUCCGCGGGUCCGUCUACCUUUCUUGUCAGUCUUCACGUUUGUCAGUUGUCUGAAUAAAUUUCACAACUUCCCAGCCUGAAACGAAAACCACUGCUCAUCUGGACAAAUCCCAUCAAGCCGGUUUCUUCAACUGCUGUGACGAUUGUUUGGAUUGUUUUAAUUGCACACUGUCUUUUUUUUCUUUUUUCUUUUUCUUUUUUUUAUAUGCAAGUGUUUGACAAAUUCUAAAUCUGGAAAUAUACAUGUCCUAUAGUGGGUCGUAUUGGGACUUUGUCCCUCCAUUUCAUAGAUUAAACAUUUUUUUUACUUUGUCACUAAAAUAUCACAAGUGUCUAAAUAUCUCAAUUUUAUCUUCUUUAUACCGCUGUAAACAUUGGACCUCUUGACUUAAUGGAACUGCUAUCAGAAUUUCUCUUGUUUUAGCAAAAAACAACUGUAAAUAUUUCUGCUGUAAAUGUCCGUAUUCUUUCAUAAUUUAAGUGAUCUUUUGUUGCUUUCUGCCCCCAGAAUACAGUUCUGCUUAUGCACUGA